CGUGUUGACACACUAUUUUGUUGCUUUUUAACGCUGUUUCUAAAUCGAGUCUUUUCAUUUUUUUCUGUCUUUGCUUCUGCACGGCUGUUUUGUUUACUUUGUUGUCUUUGUUUUCGUGUGUGAUGUUCCCUUUUUUAGUUGGUUUGUUUGGUUGUUCUUUGUUCGGGUUUUCAUCAGGUACAGCUAACGAUUUACGGGCUUCGCGUGUUGCAUUGCAUACGAUAUCAUUCGCGCACUUAUGUUUAUAGUGUAAAUAAACAAAAAUAUUGCAUCGAGAGUUUUAAGUUAAUAAAGCUAAAAAAAACAAAAACUAUAAAAGGACGCUGAUCUACCUGGAUACCUACAAAAAAAAAGCUUGUCUUGUGAAUUUAAAAACCAUUUCGAAAACUGUACAAUAACUGUAACUUAAAUGCUUUAAACAAAACUGAACCAAAGAAAUAUAUGUAUAUAUAAUAAAAAUCUAAAGAUAAUCUAUAUUUUUUCUAAAACGACAAAAAACGCAAAGUUAUGAACAAAAGAAAUUAAUCUCAAGGACCAACUUAAUCAACAAACACAAAUCAAACAACAAUAGCAACUAAAGAAACAAUAGAAAUCUUAAAAUAUAAUUCAACACACAGAACAUAUCUUUUUGCACAUCAUUUAUGCAUUUGAAAACUAUUUGAAUUUUCUGUACAUAAUUUUCAUUAUUGGUUAUAAGCCAAUCGUAUGUAAGAAAAAAACAAUAUAAUAAUUUGUAGCUGAGAAACUAAUACAAAAUUUAACAAGAUGUCAGUGGAUUUGAGCAACGCAUCCGAACCAGCUAUUUCAAUUGUAACAACAGCUCCAGUUGUAGCUCAAAAUGGAGGUGAAAUGGAUGCAUUACUAUUAGGACGGAUAGGGGAGCUUGUUGCAAUAUCUCCAGAACGAAGAAACUGGCGUGGAAUUUUUAUUGCUCUAUUAGUGAUAGCAGCUGUAUUCAGCCUUAUUAUAUUCUCAAUUUUUCUAUUGUCUCCUGAGGAUGAAGGUUCACGAAUUCGUGGCCGACGAAUGGUACUUAGCGAUGUAAUUGGUAACAGCUUGGAAUGGAAAACUUUUAAUGGCUCAUGGAUUAAUGAUGUUGAACUUGUGUUCCGAGAUUCAACCGGAGGACUGUCCAUCCUAAAUUUAGAGAAUUAUACCACUCGAGUGCUUAUGACGAAUUCAACAUUUAGGCAACUUAACGCAGAAUCGUUUUUGGUUUCUCCGGAUCAGAAGUAUGUGUUAUUACAGUCAGAUAGCAAUGCAGAAGGAUCAAGACAUCAUGUGUACGAAGUUCUCACUCGGAAUACGUUUCCCUUAGGACCAGAAAACAGUGCGGAUGCACCUUAUCUGCAGCACGUAGAAUGGGCACCAAGCCCACAAAAUGCCUCUAGUGUUAAGUCGUCACAAAACCAAGGGAUAGCCUUUGUCUAUGCGAAUGACUUGUACUACAAGCCAAAAGUUCAAGGCGACCUCGUUUGUCGUCUUACUACAACAGGAACAACUGGGGUAAUAACAAAUGGUAUUCCAGAUUGGAUGUACAAAAAUGUUCCAGAGCUUAGAAGCAGCACAAUGAUGUUUUCACCAGAUCUACAAUAUUUGGCAUUUUUAACAUAUAACGACAGUGAGGUCCACGAAUAUAAAUAUACGUGGAUGGGCGAUGAUUUGAAAUAUCCAGAAAUUCGAUCUGAAAGAUACCCAAAAGCUGGUACUACAAAUCCCAAUGUGACAGUCAAUAUUGUAAAUCUAACAGUUCUAAAAUACAUAUUUCCAAGCCAAGUUAAACUACCUACCGAACUUACAAACGGUAGCUAUAUUGGUGGUCUUACUUGGGCUUCUGCUCUUGAUCUCUCUGUAACUGUCACAAAUCGCGAACAAACAAAAGCCACUACAGUCCUGUGCCGGGCACCAUCUUUUACCUGUCAAUCCAUUCACACCGAAGUUACAGUUAGUGAUGGUUGGGUUUUGCCAGCAGAAAAACCAAUAUUCUCAUCUAGAAUAAGUGCACAAAUAAAUGCACAUCACAAUGUUCAUAGCACAAAGAAUGGUUCAGAUGCUCGGGCAAACGUGACCGAAGGUCUGACAACCUACGAGCUUUCCAAUGGAGGAUAUCUUCUGAAGCGUUUAUCAGUCCGUGACGGUGAACAUGGUCAUUUUCGACAUGUCGUAUUUAUUUCAACUCUCGAUCGUCGGUGGGUACCGCUGACAAUGGGACAAUUUGAAGUUACUGAGAUCGUUGGCUGGGAUGAGGUCAACGAAAUCGUUUAUUUUAUGGCCGCCCCUGAAAAGAGACCCGGUGAACGGCAUCUCUAUAAAAUAAGCCUUAAGUUAAAUAUAACAAAACCAAAUCGCACGUACAUUACAUCGACACAACCAACCUGCCUGACAUGCGAUAAUUCACCAACAACUUUCAAAAUCGUUAAUCCUUCAAUAAAUAAUCAAACAACACCCACAGAAGAUGAUAAUCCACCUAAGAUUCCGAAUAAUUGCCUAUACAACAAGAUUUACUUUAGUAAAGAAUUUUCAUACUAUAUUCAGGAGUGCUUGGGCCCUGACUCACCGUCAGUGUACCUUGUUGAAACGCAGUCGAACAACAAAAUUUAUGUGUUGAAUUCGGGUGGAGAACUCAGGAACAGGCUGGCUCAAUUGGCACUUCCACAAAUCAGGACAUUCAGUGUAGAAAUACGUCAUGGUUUUCAUGCUCAAGUACGGCUGUUCCUACCACCUGGAAUGCGCGAAGAAGAAGAAGUUGCAUUUCCUCUCAUUCUCCAAAUAGACUCAGGGCCUGGAUCACAACUGGUAUCGGAAAAAUUUCACGUCGAUUGGAAUUGGUAUCUAUGCAGUCAGCGGUCAAUAAUUGUCGCACAAAUUGAUGGUCGUGGUAGUGGAUUUCAGGGAGAACUUCUUCGCACUCAAAUUCAUGGUAAACUGGGUACAGUGGAAAUCGAAGACCAGCUUGGAGUUUUAACGUAUCUUCGCGAUAAUCUCAAAUUUAUAGAUCCAUCCAGGAUAUGUGCUUAUGGCCUAGGUUAUGGUGGAUAUGCCACUGCAAUGACACUUAUCGAAGAUUCUCAGCAGGUCUUACAAUGUGGUGUUGCAAUUAACCCAGUUGUUUCAUUUGGAUAUCAUUAUUCGUUCUUUACUGAACGCUAUAUUCCAUUAAAAGGAGAUUACUUAAGAGCUUUACAAGAAGCAGAUCUCACGAUGAAAGCUGGAAAUAUUAAAGGCCGCAAUCUUAUGAUCAUGCAUGGAACAGCUGAUACAUUUAUACAUCAAGAACAUUCACUGAUGCUUAUUCGAGCACUGAUAGACCAGGAAGUCAAAUUUAGAAAUCAGGUCUACACCGAUGAAGACCAUUAUUUAGCCAGGUCACUUAAUCACGUUUACAAAACAAUGGAAUGGUACUUUGAUGAGUGUUUUGGACCAUUAGAUGAAAACGAGUGGGACCCGACAGGCCUCUUCGUAUUCAAACAAUAAGUUUCACUAACUUAAAUACGGAAAUCUAUUUUUUUUUACAAAUAAAACAAAAAUAUAAACGCGAUAUUAUCGUCCAUUUAUGUUCAUCAUAAACAGGCUACAUAUUUAAGGCACAAAUAGGAAACGCCAAUAGAACAUUAUGUGUGAUUAAUUAAAAAGAAAAGAAAAUUUUGACUGAUAAUAAUAUUAUACUCUUAUCCCUUAGUUUUUAUAUAUUUAAUGAAGGAUAUGUGUUUGAAUUAGUAAAAUGUUUAUUUAAUUUAUUAAAUGUGUCAAAAAUAGUUGUUGUUUUUAAGGUAUAAGUGUUAUUAUAAUGACUAUAGAUAUUUUAUUAUCGUUUAAUCCUUAAGUGUUGAUUUAUAAGUGUAUGUAUGCAUAUGAUGAAAAUAAAUAAAAUAUUAUUUAUGAGUGUAUAAAGUUCAAAAAAGAUUAUAAAUGUAUAAAUGUGUCACUGUAAAAUGUGAUGUUUAGAUAAAUUGGCGAUAUUCAAUUUAGAAGCUUUCCGAUUUCGUAAUUUUUUUAUUUGAAAUGUUAUAAUGUCCAUACCUUGAACUUCUUGUUAAUCUCAAAUUUCAAACAAAAAUACCCUCAUUUGAUAACUAAAUUGUUUAAUAUUUAUACAGUAAUACAAACGAGAUACAAUUUUUGAUGAAGAUGAAAAAACUGUGCCUGAUUACAAAGAAAAAAAUACUUAUUAAUUUUUUCGCUAGUCUAAUACGUAUUUAGAUCGAAUGUAUGUAAAUUUCAAAUCAAUUUCGAAUGUAUUUAUAAAAUCAUUAACUUUAAUACAUACCUACAUGUCUAGUGUUGUAUUGAAGGUGAAAUUGUUUACCUACUAGAUAGUUUCUUUUUUUUUAAUUAUUUUGUAUUGAAGUCUAUGUUAGUUGGGUUUGUAAAAUGUUUAUAAAAUUGCAACGACAAAUGUGUAAAUUUGCAAAAAAAGCUAAGUGAAACUUUUAUUUAAAUAUUUUAUAUUUCUUUACUAAGGACCUGCUUAAAAACAUAUCUAGUCAGCAAACUUCUCCUAAAUAAUGUUUCAUUACAUUUAAAUAGACCCAAACUUUUUUUUUGAAUGAAACAAACAUGUUUGCCGUCAUUAAAAGACAAGAAUUAUUAAGAAAAAAAUGGAGGAAACUUCAGCCACAAGCAGAAGACAUUUUGUUCAUGGUUUAAAAAUAUAAGCUUUUAAAGAUACA